AUUGGCUAAUGCUAGUCGGGGUGAAAGUUCAUUGUUUACCGGAUGUUGGUGAGGUGCGAGUUAGGAUUUCUCUGAUGGCAUCAAAUUCAGAAAAUCCAUGUGUGACUGAAGAUGGGACAAGGAGCAAGGCACUCGAACGAUGUCUUCAGGUUCUACAAGAUGCAAAAAAUGAUAGCGAGCAGUUUGCAGCUCUUUUACUGGUGACCAAGGUGGUGAAGGCUGGUGAAAUCGAUGCUGAAACCCGUCGACGGAUAUUUGAUGCAAUUGGAUUCUCUUUCCCAAACCGACUUCUUAUUACCAAGGAGUCACCACAUGGCUGUCCCAGUCAAAUUUUCCGAGCUCUUGGCAUGACUCUGCUUGCAUGUUUUUCCACAAACCCAGAAAUGGUCACUCACCCGCAAAUCCUCAACAAAAUACCCAUUUUCAAUGAAGUUAUUAGUUCAGAAAUAGACUCUGGAGCAGAAAUUGCGACCUUCACAUCAAUGAUCGAUGACUGUUACCAAUGUCUCCAUGCGAUUUCUGCCCAUCCUCAGGGUCAGGCACAUCUCGUAACUCAAGGAACAGUGUCUGCAUUAUGUCAGGCUUAUCUCAACCAAAAUCAUGGCCAUGAGCAGGCAUUGUGUCUUCUUGUCAGUCUCCUGAGCACAAUGGAAAACAAAUGUUGGAAGACUUGUAAGCUCGACCUCCUGAAGGUACUGAUCAAGCUUAGUGAGCAAUUUGCUACAGAAGAAGAUAACCAGAAAUUUAAGCUGUGUAGCAUAUUGCAGCAUUUUGUACCUGCUGUACCUAUCCUAACUGAGGACCCAUCUCUUACUGGGUGCUUGAAGAACUUUCAUACUGGUCUCUUCAGCAUACUCAGCAGUAAGCUGAGUAUCUCGCAACGGGACCCAGCACUGAAACUUGCUGGUCUGUUAUUGACUGUUUAUGGCUCAGACUGGAUCCUGGCAGAGAAUACUGAAACAAGAAGUAAAUUCCUGGCAUUGAUGGUGAAUCUGGCCUGUGUGGAAGUUCGGAUUUGUUUGGAGGACCCAGGCCUGGAUGCGACUAACUCUAAACCAGAUGUCAUCACAGCAUGUUACAGUAUAAUCGAAUUUGGGAUGAUGGUUUGUGUGCUUGGGGAUAAAGUCUGUUUAACAGAAGCUGAAAGUAGCCAAUUAGUACGGAUAAUGGUGGAGGCGUUUGGAGCAGUCAUUGGCUAUUUUAAGCAGGUUACAGAGGAACAGCUGUGGAGCCCAUUCCUAUUUGCCUCAGUCCGAAUCCUGGGUGCAUGGAUGGCUGAAGAGACUUAUGCGCUCAGACAGGAAAUCUGCGAUGUACUGCCUUUUCUGAUUCGUUAUGCUCAGGUGCUGUUUGAAUGUCCAAUAAAAUCUGAUGACCUAGACAAUCAAGUGAAAGGACUAUCACUGGCUGACAGCUCUGAGGCAACAAUCUGGUCGAAAGAUGCCUUGAGGUUUCUGUUACCUGGGUUUUGCCAUCUUUCAGCUGAGGACAUCCCUCGGAGGAUCUUAAUUUCACACGGGUUUCAUGUUUUGCUGCUUCGUUAUUUCACACAACAGUGGGAAGUCUUCAGUUCUUCCCAAAAUGCACUGAUUUUGCCAGAUGAUGCAGAGAUGAGUCUUCGAACGGCUUGUGGAAUUUUUCUAAACCUUGUGGUAACAGAGCCUGCACUGAUCAGGCAAGAAGAAUGUUUUUCAUCUUUACUUAGUUUGUUAAUGGAAUCCCUGCAGUCGUUGCUUUGUAGCCAGCGUCACCUGAUUCUGGCUGCUAACUUCACCACUUUGGGGCUGAUGAUGAGUCGCAUACUAGCUGGCACACCAGUGUUAGAAGGAACCACAGUAUCCAGGGGCUUUUUCCGAGGGGCAAUUCACUUUCUGUCAAAAGCACAUACAACUCAGCUAGAGGAGGUUGUUGACCGAACACAGAUUCUGGUGACCGAGAGAUACCAAGAAGCUUGGGAUCAAAUCUCAGAGCUUUGGUUUCUGGGAAUGCAGGCUUUCGGUAGUUGUGUACCCUUACUGCCAUGGCUACCACAAAGUGUAAUUGAAUCAGAAUGGUUGAGUGACAUUUUUGAUUUGCUAAGUCAGGCUUCACCUGUUUCUGUGGAGUUUGACCUUAUUGCUGCCUUCCAAUGUGUUUUAACUGAACUGGCAAAGAACAGCAAACCAUGUAAAGACAUUAUAUUGCUGAAUAAUGGUGAGGAGAAAGCAAACCUGUAUGGAAUGGCAGCUUUGGAGCAAUGUCUUUGUCAAAAAUAGUGACUAGCCAACCUCAUCCACCCAAAAUGGCCAAGUAAAGCCACCAGCACAAUGAUCUGAAGAGGCCCGGAGCUUGGUAAUGCUUCUAGGAGGUGAACAGUUUUAAUGAUGAAGAGAUUUUUAAACCAGUUAAUAUUUUACUUAAUUUUAGAUUUUGAAGCAUUUACCAUUAGUGGAUUAAAGUUGUACCACUCAGUUAUUUUGAUAACUUGAUUUACUUGGAAAAUGCAGCAACUGCAUCCCUGUGCAUUCUUGCAACCAGGAAAUCACUUGUUAGCCUUCUCUCUCUCGCAUUCACUCACUUUCGCCCUUGGUUGCAAAAACCUUGUUUGUGAGAAGUAUUAAAAUCCAGCCCACCUCUAGAAGAUGUUUUGUAAUCAGCAUUAUUCUAUAAAAAAACAAAUUGUUGGCAAGAAUUAUCGAUCAGAAAUAAAUAAAUAAAAUCAUCUUUGAUUUUUCAGCAUCGAAUUAGCUUAUGCUUAGCAUUAUGCUGCUGGACAAAGUUUGAUGAGAUGAUAAAAAAUGUAGUUUUGUAUAAGCAAGUAAUGUUGCAACUUUACAACAUAUAUAUAGCUAAUGUAUUUAUCUCCCCUCCCCCAAAAAGUGUGUCCAGAUAUGACAAAAUAAAGAUUAGGUUUGAACAUUUGAAACGUUGCUUUCCAAAUUACACCAACAAAUCUUUGCAAGUCAACUGCUAUGAAACUCAGUUAAGAUAUUCAUGGGUUUUGCCACCUUGUGAAACUGUUCCAGUUAGAAUGGGUUCCUUUUGUGAGUAUGAUACUGUGACUCAAUAGCACUGACAUCCAAACCGCACCUCAAUGUGGCUUAUUUCUUUUAAAUCCGUGUCUGGUGUUCCAUUUAAUUCAUUAUCUAUUAAACACUUUGGAACGUUUCCAUGAUGUGCUGACAUGGCAUAUAAUUAUAGGUCUGUUUGUCCUUUUUCCCUUCUUUAUUUAAGACCCAAGCGCAGUAUUUUUAUUCUAAUUGUCUAAGUGUGAUUACUAAUUCGUAUAAAUAGAAAGUGUGUGACAUAAGCUGAUUUUUUUUUAAAGUGCUAUGUGUAAAGUCGAGUAAAAGCACUUGUACGCUGCCUCUGUUAAAGAACAUAUGAGUAACACAUUUUUUUCUUCAUUCAUAUUACAGAUUAUUUUCAUGAUUUUUCUGUGCUUCCUCAAGUUAAACUAUUUACAAACAUAAAAUCUACAAUAUGCCAAUUGAAUGUUUUAUUUUUGGGUGAGGAAUAAAUCUUCUGGUAACAAUA